AUGUUGCGUGGUAAGCAAUCUAAAGGACAAAUUGCACUCCAUUCCCUCAUGGUCAUAGUCUUUGUUGGAAGUAUUGCUGCUCAAGUAGCGGGUACUCACAACGUCGCUUCCAACAGAUAUGAUACCGCCAUCACACCGCCUAGUGCAGCGUUUCAAAUUUGGACAAUCAUUUAUCUACUCACGAUUGCACUGAUCAUUUGGCAGUUCUUUGCCAAUCUGUACGGAUCCAGUAAGCUUGACUACGCGUUCAACGUCCUAAUGAUGUCCGCCUUUGUGCUGGGUGCAGUGUGGAUGUACUUGUUUGGUUUAGAUGACACAGGCCCACAAUUCUUCCUCAUACUUUUCUACUCGCUUCUUAUCACAGCCGCCAGCUUGCUCGCGCGAUACUGUCAUGUCCAUCCAUUUGUGCGCAUUGCAAUCGACACUCAUACGUCAUGGAUUCUUUUCGCUACGACACUGUCUGGCUUCUGCUACGUCAAAUACUCUUUCUGGAUGUCCCCGGACUCUCCAGCCUCUUCUUCUCUUGUUGACCUCCUCCACGAAGCCGAUUACUCGCUAGUUCUUAUGUUCGCUGUGUUGCUUCAAGGCUGUCUGAGUAUCGUUUGUGCUAGCUUUGCAUUUGGUUUGGUGUCUGUUUGGGCAUGCAGUUGGAUCACGGCCAGGCUUUUUGGAACCCAGUCAUCGGCCGACAUGCCGUCUCUAAGGUUUUCAGCUGGAUCUGGAAUUCUCAUCUCUAUCGGGAUGACAGUGCUGGGUGGAUUUCUGUUCGACAAUAAUAUUCAUGAGCAGCGUGAGCAAUCCAUUAAGGCCAGAUCCGCUGAGAAUACUACAUCGGAGAAGGAGACCAGCAAGACAAACAGUCCAUCAACCUAUAAGUUAAUCUCAAAGGAUAUAGACCAGGCCAAUCCAACCCCUGUCAUCAUCGAGACACCAAGCAUCCCCAACUCGGAGUUAUCUGUUCUUGCAUAG